GAGACGCGCUUCACCUGCCGGGAGAGACACUCCGAACCCGCGGCGAACCAUGACGGACGGCGGAGAAGCCGAAGACGAGAUCCAGUUCUUAAGGACCGAUGAUGAGGUGGUGUUACAGUGUUCAGCAAUGGUUCACAAGGAGCAGCAGAAAAUCUGUCUGGCUGCUGAAGGGUUUGGAAACAGACUGUGUUUCCUGGAGUCCACAUCCAACUCAAAGAAUGUUCCUCCGGAUCUGUCCAUAUGUACGUUUGUGUUGGAGCAGUCGCUGUCAGUACGAGCGCUGCAGGAGAUGCUCGCGAACACAGAGGAGCGAGUGGAGGGGCACAUAGACAUGGAGAAAUGGAAAUUCAUGAUGAAGACAGCACAGGGCGGAGGUCACCGGACGCUGCUGUACGGUCACGCAAUCUUACUGAGACACUCCUACAGCGGAAUGUAUCUGUGCUGUCUGUCCACGGCUCGCUCAUCCACAGAUAAACUGGCGUUUGACGUGGGGCUUCAGGAAGACACGACAGGUGAGGCGUGCUGGUGGACCAUACACCCCGCGUCCAAGCAGAGGUCAGAGGGCGAGAAAGUGCGAGUGGGCGACGACCUCAUCCUGGUCAGUGUGUCGUCUGAACGAUACCUGCACUUGUCUUACGGUAACGGCAGUUUACACGUGGACGCAGCGUUUCAACAGACGCUCUGGAGUGUCGCGCCGAUCUGCUCCGGGAGUGAAGUGGCUCAGGGGUUCCUGAUUGGUGGAGAUGUUCUCCGGCUGCUUCAUGGUCACAUGGACGAGUGUCUGACCGUCCCGUCAGGAGAACAUGGAGAGGAACAGCGCAGGGCGGUACAUUACGAGGGUGGAGCCGUGUCCAUUCACGCGAGGUCUCUCUGGAGACUGGAGACGCUGCGAAUAGCGUGGAGCGGUAGUCAUAUCCGCUGGGGUCAGCCGUUCCGGUUACGUCAUGUGACCACUGGGAAAUAUCUGAGCAUGAUGGAUGAUCAAGGGCUGCUGCUAAUGGACAAAGAGAAAGCAGACGUCAAAUCAACAGCUUUCUGCUUCCGUUCCUCAAAAGAGAAGCUGGAUUGUGGUCAGAGGAAGGAAGUGGAUGGAAUGGGUGUUCCGGACAUCAAAUACGGCGACUCUGUGUGUUACAUCCAGCAUGUGCACACUGGACUCUGGCUCACCUAUCAAUCAGUGGAUGCCAAGUGUGCCCGCAUGGGCGGAGUCCAGAGAAAGGCCAUCAUGCAUCAUGAAGGGCACAUGGAUGAUGGAUUAACAUUGUCGCGAUCACAAAACGAAGAAUCGCGCACAGCUAGAGUCAUACGCAGCACUGUCUUCCUCUUUAACCGCUUUAUCAGGGGUCUGGAUGCUCUGAGUAAAAAAGGAAAAACCUCCACGAUUGAUCUGCCAAUCGAAUCGGUCAGUCUGAGUCUUCAGGAUCUGAUUGGCUACUUCCAGCCACCUGACGAGCACCUGGAGCACGAGGACAAACAGAACCGCCUGCGAGCGCUCAAGAGCCGACAGAACCUGUUCCAGGAGGAGGGAAUGAUAAACCUGGUGCUGGAGUGCAUCGAUCGUUUGCAUGUGUACAGCAGUGCGGCUCAUUUCGCAGAUGUGGCCGGGAAAGAAGCGGGACAAUCCUGGAAAUCCAUCCUGAACUCCCUGUACGAGCUCCUGGCGGCUCUGAUCAGAGGAAACAGGAAGAAUUGUGCCCAGUUUUCUAGCUCUCUGGAUUGGCUGAUCAGUCGUCUGGAGAGGUUGGAAGCCUCAUCUGGAAUUCUGGAGGUUCUUCAUUGUGUUCUGGUGGAGAGUCCAGAAGCUCUGAACAUCAUUAAAGAGGGCCACAUCAAAUCCAUCAUCUCUUUACUGGACAAACACGGACGCAACCACAAGGUUCUGGAUGUGUUGUGUUCUCUGUGUGUGUGUCAUGGUGUGGCAGUUCGCUCUAAUCAGCACCUGAUCUGUGAUAACCUGCUGCCGGGGAGAGACCUGCUGCUGCAGACACGACUCGUCAAUCAAGUCAGCAGUAUGAGGCCCAAUAUCUUCCUGGGUGUGUGCGAAGGCUCCACCCAGUACAGGAAGUGGUAUUAUGAACUCAUAGUGGAUCAUGUGGGUCCAUUUGUUACUGCUGAGGCCACACACCUGCGGUUGGGCUGGGCGUCCACUCAGGGCUACUGUCCUUACCCGGGCGGGGGAGAAGGCUGGGGUGGCAAUGGUGUCGGGGAUGACCUUUGCUCUUAUGGAUUUGAUGGGCUACACCUGUGGGCAGGUUGUGUGGCGCGCUCUGUGAGCUCUCCCAAUCAGCACCUGCUGCGGGCGGAGGACGUGGUGAGCUGCUGUCUAGAUCUGAGCGCUCCGAGCAUCUCAUUCCGUAUCAAUGGCCAGCCCGUCCAGGGAAUGUUUGAGAACUUCAACUCAGAUGGACUCUUUUUCCCUGUCGUGUCCUUCUCUGCUGGAGUCAAAGUGCGCUUCCUGUUGGGCGGUCGCCAUGGAGAGUUUAAGUUCCUGCCUCCGUCCGGUUACGCUCCGUGUUUCGAGGCUGUUUUACCACGAGAAAAACUGCGAGUGGAACACAGUCAGGAGUAUAAACAAGAUUGCGGAAAAACACGUGACCUUCUGGGACCCACGAUCACACUGUCACAAGCUGCCUUCACACCAACACCUGUAGAUACCAGUCAGAUUGUGUUGCCACCACAUCUUGAGCGAAUUCGAGAGAAACUGGCAGAAAACAUCCAUGAGCUGUGGGUGAUGAACAAGAUUGAGCUCGGAUGGACCUACGGGAUGGUUAGAGAUGAUAAUAAGCGACAGCAUCCGUGUCUGGUGGAGUUCUCCAAACUUCCUGAACAAGAGCGCAGCUACAACCUACAGAUGUCUCAGGAGACACUAAAAACUCUUCUGGCUCUGGGCUGUCAUGUCAGUGUGGCGGAUGAACGAGCAGCUGAGAAAGUCAGAAAUCUGAAACUUUCUUCCAAAUACGAGCUGUCCAGUGGUUAUAAACCCGCACCGAUGGAUCUGAGCCACAUCAAACUGGCAUCUGCUCAAGAGGCCAUGGUGGACAAACUGGCCGAGAACGCUCAUAAUGUUUGGGCCAGAGAUCGCAUACGGCAGGGCUGGACCUACGGCAUACAGCAGGACAUUAAGAACAGGAGGAAUCCUCGUUUGGUUCCUUACGUUCUUCUGGACGAGAGAACGAAGAAAUCAAACAAGGACAGUCUGCGUGAAGCCGUGAGGACAUUACUGGGGUACGGCUACAAUCUAGAAGCCCCCGAUCAAGAUCAUGCAGCUCAGUCAGACAUCAGUAAUCUCUCCGCGGAGCGCUUCAGGAUUUUCCGAACGGAGAAGACGUACAGUGUGAACGGGGGGAAGUGGUAUUUUGAGUUUGAGGUGGUGACGGCGGGCGAGAUGCGGGUGGGCUGGGCAAGACCCGGGUGCCUCCCGGAUCAGGAGCUGGGAUCAGAUGAACUGGCCUUUGUCUUCGAUGGAUUCAAGGCUCAGCGCUGGCACCAGGGUAACGAGCACUUUGGGCGUCCGUGGCAGUGUGGUGAUGUCGUCGGCUGUAUGGUAGACAUGAAUGAACGCACCAUGAUGUUCACGCUGAACGGCGAGGUGCUGCUCGAUGACUCUGGCUCUGAACUCGCUUUCAAAGACUUUGAGGUUUGGGAGGGUUUCAUCCCCGUGUGUAGUCUGGGUGUGUGUCAGGUCGGCCGUAUGAACUUCGGUAAGGACGUGAGCACUCUGAAGUAUUUCACCAUCUGUGGUCUGCAGGAGGGGUACGAACCCUUCGCCGUCAACAUGAACCGAGAGCUGACCAUGUGGAUCAGCAAACGUCUGCCGCAGUUUAUUCCCGUACCGCCCAACCAUGAGCACAUAGAGGUCACACGGAUCGAUGGGACAGUGGAGAGUCCUCCGUGCCUAAAAGUCACCCAGAGAUCAUUCGGGUCCCAGAACAGCAGCACAGACAUCAUGUUCUUUCGACUGAGCAUGCCCAUCGAGUGCUCGGAGGCGUUCGUCAGAUCUCCCAGUGGUACGUUGGCAGCCAACGGCAGUUUCUUCUCUUCAAAGAAAGAUCUGGAUGAUUUUGAGACGGUGUCGGACUUUGAGGUUCUGAUGAAGAAUUCACACGGUCACAUGAGUGCCAACGGGCCGCAGAGAGAACGAGACGAAUUCAACAACCAUAAAGAUCAUAAUCAAGAGAAACCAUCGAAAAUCAAACAAAGGUUCAUGUUGAAGAGAAUGAAGCCAGACAUGAACAGCAGUAACUCCAGUGCUCGUUUAUCAGAGGAAGUUUUGGCUGAUGAGCGAGAGGAUUGUGAGAAUCUCAUACAAACUUCAGUGUAUUUCUACUCAGUGAGGAUAUUCCCCGGUCAGGACCCUUCCAGCAUUUGGGUUGGGUGGGUGACCUCUGACUUUCAUCAGCACGAUCCGGCCUUUGAACUCAACAAAGUCAGAACGGUCACCGUUACCCUGGGAGACGAGAAGGGCAAAGUUCACGAGAGUAUUAAACGCUGUAACUGCUACAUGGUUUGGGGGGGUGAGAGCAGCAGUCCCAGUCAGGGACGCAAUAAUAACGGACUGGAGAUCGGAUGUUUGGUGGAUACAGCCAACGGCCUCCUCACGUUCACCUCCAACGGCAAAGAGCUCAGUACAUACUAUCAGGUGGAGCCCAGCACGAAACUUUUCCCCGCAGUGUUUGCGCAGGCCACAAGUCCAAACGUCUUCCAGUUCGAACUGGGACGCAUCAAGAGCGUGAUGCCUCUCUCUGCAGGGCUGUUUAAAAGCGAGCGGAAGAAUGUCGUCCCUCAGUGUCCACCGCGGUUACAUGUGCAGUUCCUCACACCUGUGUUAUGGAGUCGUGUGCCCAAUCAGUUCUUGAGGUCAGAAGUCACCAAGGUCAACGAGAGACUUGGCUGGAUGGUUCAGAGUUCAGAACCCCUGCAGUUCAUGACCUUACAUAUACCUGAAGAAAACAGGUCGCUGGAUAUUCUUGAGUUGAUGGAGCAGCGAGACCUGCUGAAGUUUCACUAUCACACGCUGCGUUUAUAUUCCGCGAUCUGUGCUUUGGGGAACAACCGAGUAGCUCUCGCGCUCUGCAGUCACGUAGAUGAGGCGCAGCUACUGUACGCUAUCCAGAACAAAUACAUGCCGGGCCUUCUGCGCACCGGAUAUUAUGACCUGCUCAUCGACAUCCACCUGAGCGGUUACGCCACGGCCCGACUUAUGAUGAACUCUGAGUACAUUGUUCCCAUGACACCCGAGACCAAAAGCAUUACACUGUUUCCAAACGAGAAGAAGAAACACGGGCUGCCGGGAAUCGGACUGAGUACAUCACUGCAACCGCGUAUGCGCUUUACAUCACCGAGCUUUGUAGGGGCUAUUGGUGGUAACCAUGGUAGCGGUGUGGUCGCCGGGGGGGACUGUUUUCAGUACAGCCCGGAGUUUCCGCUGGAAACGCUGAAGAGUCGUACGAUGGAGAUGCUGACGGAAGCAGUGCGCGAAGGUAGUUUACAUGUGCGUGAUCCUGUAGGGGGCAGCACUGAGUUCAUGUUCGUUCCGCUCAUUAAACUCUUCUACACGCUUCUUAUCAUGGGCAUCUUUCAUAACGGAGAUCUGAAGACCAUCCUGCAGUUGAUCGAGCCUAGCGUGUUUUCUCAGGACUCUGGGGCCGAGAGUGGCCCCGGGACCCUAGAGGCCGAGGAGAGCUCUGGGCGGGGCCGAUUAGAGGUGGGCGGAGCUGUCGAGCACAGUCUGAGAGGAAAGCUGCCCAAAGAAGGACUGUUACAGAUGAAACUUCCUGAGCCUGUCAAACUUCAGAUGUGUCACCUGCUUCAGUAUCUGUGUGACUGUCAGGUGCGUCAUCGUAUCGAGGCAGUGGUCGCGUUCUCUGAUGACUUUGUGGCAAAUCUUCAGGAUAAUCAGCGUUUCCGCUAUAAUGAAGUGAUGCAGGCGUUAAACAUGUCUGCCGCGCUCACUGCACGCAAAACCAAAGAGUUCCGCUCACCGCCACAGGAACAGAUCAACAUGCUGCUGAAUUUUAAGGAUGAGAAGCAGGAUUGUCCGUGUCCUGAAGACAUCAGAGAACAACUGCUGCAGUUCCAUGAAGAUCUCAUGACUCACUGCGGCAUUGAGACGGAUGAUGAUAAAUCAGGAGAUGACAGUGAUUUCACUAUCAGAGCUCGUCUGAUGUCACUGGUAGAGAAGGUGACGUACCUGAAGAAGAAAAUGGCUGAUUUACCGAAGAAAAAGAAAUUAAAGAAGCCGAGCACUCUGCAGCAGUUGAUCUCAGAGACGAUGGUCCGGUGGGCUCAGGAAUCCGUCAUCGAGGACCCUGAGCUUGUCCGUGCGAUGUUUGUGUUACUUCACCGUCAGUAUGAUGGGAUCGGUGGACAGGUGCGAGCGCUGCCUAAAACCUACACCAUCAACGCCGUGUCUGUGGAGGACACCAUUAACCUGCUGGCGUCUCUGGGUCAGAUCAGAUCGCUGCUCAGCGUCAGGAUGGGGCGAGAAGAAGAGAAACUCAUGAUUCACGGACUCAGUGACAUCAUGAACAAUAAGGUGUUUUAUCAGCAUCCAAACCUGAUGCGAGCGCUCGGCAUGCACGAGACAGUGAUGGAGGUGAUGGUGAAUGUGCUGGGAGGAGGAGAAACCAAAGAAAUCACAUUUCCUAAGAUGGUGGCAAACUGCUGUCGUUUCCUGUGUUACUUCUGUCGCAUCAGUCGUCAGAAUCAGAAGGCCAUGUUUGAUCAUCUGAGCUAUCUGCUGGAGAACAGUAGCGUGGGACUCGCGUCUCCCUCCAUGCGAGGUUCAACUCCUCUGGAUGUCGCUGCUGCAUCAGUGAUGGAUAAUAAUGAACUGGCGCUGGCGCUGAGAGAACCCGACUUGGAGAAGGUGGUCCAGUAUCUAGCGGGUUGUGGUCUUCAGAGUUGUGUGAUGCUGAUGUCUAAAGGCUAUCCAGACAUCGGCUGGAACCCGGUAGAGGGGGAGCGAUACCUCGACUUCUUGAGAUUUGCAGUCUUCUGUAACGGAGAGAGUGUGGAGGAGAAUGCUAAUGUGGUGGUGCGGCUCCUGAUUCGCCGGCCGGAGUGUUUUGGCCCCGCCCUGCGCGGUGAGGGCGGGAAUGGACUGCUUGCGGCGAUGGAGGAGGCCAUAAAGAUCUCAGAAGAUCCCAGUAGAGAUGGACCAUCACCUACCACAGAGGAGAACAGAACACUUAAUGAUGUCAUUGAGGAAGAGGAGGAAGAUGACACUAUUCACAUGGGAAAUGCCAUCAUGACCUUCUAUGCUGCACUGAUCGAUCUGUUGGGCCGCUGCGCUCCAGAGAUGCAUUUGAUCCACGCAGGGAAGGGAGAGGCCAUCCGUAUCCGAGCAAUCCUGAGAUCUCUCAUUCCCAUUGAAGAUCUGGUUGGGGUGAUCAGUAUUUCAUUCCUGAUGCCGACCCUAGCUAAAGAUGGGUCUGUGAUUGAGCCGGACAUGUCCGGAGGCUUCUGUCCGGAUCAUAAAGCCGCAAUGGUUCUGUUUCUGGACCGAGUUUAUGGCAUCGAGGAUCAGAACUUCCUGCUACAUCUGCUGGAAGUGGGCUUCCUGCCCGACCUCAGAGCUGCCGCCUCAUUGGACACGGCUGCCCUGAGCGCUACAGACAUGGCGUUGGCUCUGAACCGGUAUCUGUGUACGGCCGUUCUGCCGCUGCUGACUAAAUGUGCUCCUCUGUUUGCGGGGACGGAGCCGUUUGCGUCUCUCAUUGACUCUCUGCUGCACACUGUCUACAGACUGUCGAAAGGCUGCUGUCUCACCAAAGCACAGAGAGAUGUUAUAGAGGAGUGCCUGCUCGCUGUGUGCGGUAAACUACGGCCUUCUAUGAUGCAGCAUCUACUGAGGCGUCUGGUGUUUGAUGUUCCUGUGUUGAAUGAACACACAAAGAUGCCGCUGAAGCUCUUGACCAAUCACUAUGAGCGCUGCUGGAAGUAUUACUGUCUGUCCGGCGGGUGGAGCAGUUUUGGUGUGGCGUCAGAUGAGGAGCUUCACCUCUCCAGAAAACUCUUCUGGGGAAUCUUUGAUGCUCUGGCCAGAAAGAAAUAUGAUGUGGAGUUGUUUAAGUUGGCAUUGCCGUGUCUGAGCGCGGUGGGCGGAGCUUUACCUCCUGAUUACAUGGAGUCAAACUAUGUGGCGAUGAUGGAGAAACAGUCAUCGAUGGACGCCGAAGGAAACUUCAACCCUCAACCAGCCGACGCCAGCAGCGUUGUUGUUCCUGAGAAACUCGAUCAUUUCAUCAAUAAAUAUGCAGAAUAUUCUCAUGAGAAAUGGUCAAUGGAGAAGUUUGCUGUUGGUUGGGUUCAUGGAGAUCAGAAGUGUGAAUCAUCUAAAGUUCAUCCUCUGCUGAAGCCCUACAAAUGUCUCUCUGAGAAGGAUAAGGAGGCUUACCGCUGGCCAAUCAGAGAGAGUCUGAAGACGAUGCUGUCGUGGGGAUGGAGCAUCGAGAGAACGAGAGAGAGCGACGCAUCCACAUUACACAACCGCACACGCAGAAUAUCUCUGUCCAGUCAGCGGUCUAUAGAAGGGGCUUACGGGUUCAGCCCGCAGCCUGUUGACAUGAGCAACGUCACGCUAUCCAGAGACCUGCAUUCGAUGGCGGAGCUGCUGGCGGAGAACUAUCACAACAUCUGGGCUCAGAAGAAAAAACUGGAGCUGGAAUCUAAAGGUGGGGGGAGUCACCCGUUACUGGUUCCUUACGACACUUUAACCGCCAAAGAGAAAUCCAAAGAUCGGGAAAAAGCACAAGACAUCCUUAAAUUCUUUCAGAUCAACGGAUACACCGUGUCAAGGGCUGUGAAAGAACAGGAUCUGGACACUCCGUCUAUAGAGAAGCGCUUUGCGUACACGUUUCUGCAGCAGCUGAUCACGUAUGUGGAUGAAGCCCAUGAACACAUGCUGGAAUUCGAUGUUGGAAUACGAUCUAAAGGGGACAAAAUCCCCCACGAGCAGCAGGUCAAGUUCUUUGGAAAGGUUGUGUUGCCGUUGGUGGAUCAGUAUUUUAAAAACCACCGGCUCUACUUCCUGUCUACUGCAGUUCGGCCGAUCAGCAGCGGCGGUCACGCCUCCAAUAAAGAGAAGGAGAUGGUGACCAGUCUUUUCUGCAAACUGGGAGUUCUGGUCAGACACAGGAUAUCUCUGUUUGGGAAUGAUGCCACCUCCAUAGUGAACUGUCUUCACAUACUGGGUCAGACGCUGGAUGCCAGGACCGUGAUGAAAACAGGUCAGGACUCCGUCAAAGCGGCCCUGUGGGUAUUUUUUGGUAAUGCAGCAGAAGAUCUGGAGAAGACGAUGGAGAACCUGCGACAGGGUCAGUUCACGCACACGCGCACGCAACCGAAAGGCGUCACACAGAUCAUAAACUACACGACCGUCGCGCUGCUGCCCGUUCUCUCCUCGCUGUUUGAACACAUCGGACAAAACCUGUUUGGAGAAGACCUGAUUUUGGAUGACGUCCAGGUGUUCUGCUAUCGGAUUUUAAACAGUUUGUACUCACUUGGAACCAGUAAAAGUAUUUAUGUUGAGAGGCAAAGACCCGCUCUGGGUGAGUGUCUGGCUGCGUUUGCGGGUGCAUUUCCUGUGGCCUUCCUGGAGCCCAGUCUGAAUAAACACAACACUUACUCCAUAUACAACUGCAAAAGCUCCAGAGAGAGAGCAGCGUUAGGUCUGCCUGCUCAGGUGGAGGAGUUGUGUGCGCUGGUGCCAUCUCUGGAGAGGGCUCUCGAGGAGAUCAUGGAGCUGGCGGAGUCUGGCAUGCGUUACACACAGAUGCCCCAUGUGAUGGAGGUCCUGCUGCCGAUGCUCUGCAGUUACAUGUCGCACUGGUGGGAACACGGACCUGAGAGUGACCCGGAGCGAUCAGAGAGCUGCUGCACCUCACUGACCUCUGACCACAUGAACACACUGCUGGGGAACAUCCUCAAAAUCAUCUACAACAACCUGGGCAUCGAUGAAGGAGCCUGGAUGAAGAGACUCGCAGUGUUUUCUCAGCCCAUCAUCGGUAAAGCAAAGUCUCAGCUCCUGAAGACUCACUUCCUGCCUCUGAUGGAGAAGCUGAAGAAAAAAGCAGCGACGGUUCUUCAGGAUGAGGAGCACAUGAAGGCCGAGGGCAGAGGAGAGAUGGCAGAGUCAGAACUUCUCAUCCUGGAUGAGUUCACCAUCCUCGUGAGAGAUCUGUACGCGUUCUACCCUCUGCUCAUUCGAUUCGUCGAUUACAACAGAGCCAAAUGGCUGAAAGAACCGAAUCAAGAGGCUGAGGAAUUAUUCCGUAUGGUGGCGGAAGUCUUUAUAUUCUGGGCCAAAUCACACAACUUUAAGAGAGAGGAGCAGAACUUUGUAGUUCAGAAUGAAAUCAACAACAUGUCCUUCCUCAUCACUGACACCAAAUCCAAAAUGUCUAAGGGUGCAGUAUCAGACCAGGAGAGGAAAAAGAUGAAGAAACGUGGCGAUCGAUACUCACUGCAGACGUCAUUGAUCGUCGCCGCUCUCAAGAGGUUACUUCCUGUCGGGCUGAAUAUCUGUGCACCGGGAGAUCAGGAGCUGAUCGCACUCGCCAAGAGCCGCUUUACACAGAAAGACACUGAAGACGAGGUACGAGAGACCGUCAGGAACAACCUGCACCUGCAGGGGAAGUACCGCGCUUUACACUUCAAAAAGCUGGCGAAGAAACUCAUUAUUAUAUUGAAGUGGGUGAAGAGUCGUCAGCAUAAACCCGCCAUGGCAGAAAUCCUUCCUCGCAAAUGGCUGCUGUUGCGCAAUCGCUCCGCAACCCUGGACGUGACCCAGAGACCCCCGCGCAUGCCCCCGUCCCAGCUGAAGAAGGCAUCUUCUGUGGAUUUUUCGUGUAAACAAUUGAAAGGCACUUUGGAGGAUCCUGCUAUCCGCUGGCAGAUGGCGCUCUAUAAAGACAUGCCCAACCGCACCGAAGACACCUCUGACCCUGAGAAGACUGUCGAAAGGGUGCUGAACAUUGCUCAUGUGCUCUUCCACCUGGAUCAGGUUGAACAUCCUCAGAGGAGUAAGAAAGCCGUGUGGCACAAGCUUCUUUCCAAACAGAGGAAGAGAGCUGUGGUUGCCUGCUUCAGGAUGGCACCUCUUUACAACCUGCCCAGGCAUCGUGCUGUAAACCUGUUCCUGCAGGGUUACGAGAAGUCCUGGAUCGAGACAGAGGAACAUUAUUUUGAAGACAAGCUGAUAGAGGAUUUGGCUAAAGCAGGUGGUGAAGAGCCAUCAGAGGAAGACGAGACCACCAAACGCAUAGACCCAUUACACCAGCUCAUACAACUGUUCAGCAGAACUGCACUGACAGAGAAAUGUAAACUAGAAGAAGAUCAUCUCUACAUGGCCUAUGCUGAUAUUAUGGCCAAGAGUUGUCAUGAUGAAGAGGAUGAGGAAGAGAUCAAGAGUUUUGAGGAGAAAGAGAUGGAGAAGCAGAAGCUGUUGUAUCAGCAGGCGAGACUUCACGACCGCGGAGCGGCAGAGAUGGUACUGCAGACCAUCAGCGCCAGCAAAGGUGAGAUGGGGCCGAUGGUGGCCUCUACCCUGAAGCUGGGCAUCGCUAUACUCAAUGGAGGAAACUCAACUGUACAGCAGAAAAUGCUGGACUACCUGAAAGACAAAAGAGACGUGGGGUUCUUUCAGAGUCUUGCUGGACUCAUGCAGUCGUGCAGUGUUUUGGAUCUGAACGCAUUUGAGAGACAGAAUAAAGCUGAAGGUCUCGGUAUGGUGACAGAGGAAGGAUCAGUCAACACUCAUGAGCGUGGUGAAAAGGUCAUGCAAGAUGACGAAUUCACCUGUGACCUCUUCCGCUUCCUACAGCUGCUCUGUGAGGGUCACAACUCAGAUUUUCAGAACUACCUGAGAACACAGACGGGCAACAACACAACGGUCAACAUCAUCAUCUCUACAGUGGAUUACCUGCUCAGAGUCCAGGAGUCCAUUAGUGAUUUCUACUGGUACUACUCUGGGAAAGAUGUGAUUGAUGAACAAGGCCAGCGGAAUUUCUCCAAAGCUAUCAAUGUAGCCAAACAAGUCUUCAACACUCUCACAGAGUACAUUCAGGGCCCUUGCACGGGGAACCAGCAGAGUCUUGCUCACAGUCGCCUGUGGGAUGCAGUUGUUGGUUUCCUGCAUGUUUUUGCACAUAUGCAGAUGAAGCUGUCUCAGGAUUCAAGCCAAAUCGAGCUGUUGAAGGAGCUGAUGGAUCUUCAGAAGGACAUGGUUGUGAUGCUCUUGUCCAUGUUGGAGGGAAAUGUUGUGAAUGGUACCAUUGGAAAGCAGAUGGUGGACAUGUUAGUGGAGUCCUCCAACAAUGUUGAGAUGAUUCUCAAGUUCUUUGACAUGUUCCUCAAAUUGAAAGACUUGACGUCGUCAGAUGCCUUCAAAGAGUACGACCCUGAUGGCAAAGGGGUCAUAUCCAAGAGGGAUUUCCACAAGGCCAUGGAGAGCCAUAAACACUACACCCAAUCUGAGACGGAGUUCCUCCUGUCCUGCGCAGAAACAGAUGAAAAUGAGCUGUUGGACUACGAAGAGUUUGUCGAACGCUUCCACGAGCCAGCGAAGGACAUCGGCUUCAACGUUGCUGUUCUCCUGACUAAUCUCUCUGAACAUAUGCCCCACGAUUCUCGCCUCCAAACCUUCCUGGAGCUCGCAGAGAGCGUUCUGAACUAUUUCCAACCGUUUCUGGGCCGCAUCGAGAUCAUGGGCAGUGCCAAGCGGAUCGAGCGCGUGUACUUUGAGAUUAGCGAGUCAAGUCGCACCCAAUGGGAGAAGCCGCAGGUUAAGGAGUCCAAACGGCAGUUCAUCUUUGAUGUUGUAAACGAGGGUGGUGAGAAAGAGAAAAUGGAGCUCUUUGUGAACUUCUGUGAGGACACCAUCUUUGAGAUGCAGCUGGCUGCGCGGAUGUCGGACGCCGGCGAACGCUCGGCUAGCAAAGAGGACAGUGAGAGGGAAAAGCCAGAAGAAGAGAACACUGAGAUGGGUUUCUUCUCCGUCACCACUGUACGGACAGCCCUGUUUGCCCUCCGAUACAACGUGAUUCUUCUGAUGAAGGUGCUUUCCAUGAAGAGCCUGAAGAAGCAGGUGAAGAAAGUGAAGAAGAUGACGGUUAAGGACAUGGUGACCACACUCGUGUCCUUCUACUGGAGCGUCCUGCUGGGUCUGCUGCACUUUGCCUUCAGCGUCGCUCGAGGAUUCUUCCGGAUCAUCUACAACAGCUUUCUCGGAGGGAGUCUGGUGGAGGGAGCCAAGACCAUGAAGGUGUCCGAGCUCCUGGCCAACAUGCCCGACCCAACACAGGAUGAAGUUAGAGGAGAGACGGAAGAGGGCGAGAAGAAGUUUGCGGACAGAACCUCACCAGAGGAAGAUCUGGCUGAUCUGACGGUGGCCACAGAUGACACUGAUCUCCUGUCUGAUAUAUUUGGUUUGGAUCUGAAGAGAGAAGGAGGACAAUAUAAACUGAUGCCUCAUAAUCCAAACGCCAGCCUCACUGAUCUUCUCAAUACACCCAUCCCACCUGCUCCUACGCCAUCACCUGAACUCCGCAGAAGACACCAGACAAAGGGGUCUUCGUCUUCAACAGAGAACAAUGAAGCUACAGUGGAGGCCAAAUCAGUGCCCGAGAAAGCUGAAGGGGAAAAUGGCGAGAAAGCACAGAAAAAGAAAGAAGAGACGGUGAAACGGAAGGUCAGACGGCAUUACUGUAAAUCAGAUGAGCCUGAUCUGCAGGAGUCGGCCUUCUGGAAGAAGAUCAUCGCUUACCAACGCAAGCUGCUGAACUAUUUUGCACGAAAUUUCUACAACAUGAGAAUGUUGGCUCUGUUUGUGGCCUUUGCAAUCAACUUUAUUCUGUUAUUUUAUAAGGUGUCCACAUCGUCAGCCAUGACAGAGGGGAAAGAAGUGUUGUUCAGCAUGUCCUCCGACACCAGCGUUCGGUGGGACCCGCUGGGCGGCUCUAGCAGUCGCCCCGUCAAUGUGCACUUUGUUCUGGAGGAGAGCAGUGGGUACAUGGAGCCCACACUGAGGAUUCUGGCCAUUCUACACACCGUCAUCUCAUUCUUCUGUAUUAUUGGAUACUACUGCCUGAAGGUUCCUCUGGUGAUAUUUAAGCGUGAGAAGGAAGUAGCGAGAAAGCUGGAGUUUGAUGGUUUGUACAUCACUGAACAACCAUCAGAGGACGAUAUUAAAGGGCAAUGGGAUCGACUGGUCAUCAAUACACAGUCCUUCCCAAACAAUUACUGGGAUAAAUUUGUCAAGAGAAAGGUGAUGGAUAAAUAUGGAGAGUUUUAUGGCCAUGAUCGUAUCAGUGAGCUUCUCGGGAUGGAUAAAGCCGCGCUGGACUUCAGUGACGCACACGAGAAAAAGAAACCCAAGAGAGACAGUUCACUAGCCGCAGUACUGAACUCGAUCGAUGUCAAGUAUCAGAUAUGGAAGUUGGGAGUCGUGUUCACAGACAACUCGUUCCUCUAUCUGGCCUGGUACAUGAGCAUGUCCAUUCUCGGCCACUACAACAAUUUCUUCUUUGCCGCUCAUCUCUUGGACAUCGCCAUGGGCUUUAAAACGCUCAGGACUAUUCUGUCUUCAGUCACACACAACGGCAAACAGCUGGUCCUGACUGUAGGUCUGCUGGCGGUCGUCGUGUAUCUGUACACAGUUGUGGCUUUUAACUUCUUUCGUAAGUUCUACAAUAAGAGUGAAGACGGAGAAUCGCCGGAUAUGAAGUGUGACGACAUGCUGACGUGCUAUAUGUUCCACAUGUAUGUUGGCGUUCGUGCUGGUGGUGGAAUCGGUGAUCAAAUCGAGGAUCCGGCGGGUGACGAGUACGAGAUCUAUCGCAUCAUCUUCGACAUCACCUUCUUCUUCUUCGUCAUCGUCAUCCUCCUCGCCAUCAUUCAGGGUCUGAUCAUUGAUGCAUUUGGUGAGCUAAGAGACCAACAAGAGCAAGUGAAAGAAGACAUGGAGACGAAAUGUUUUAUCUGUGGGAUUGGAAAUGAUUAUUUCGACACGGUUCCUCACGGCUUUGAGACGCACACGCUACAGGAACACAACCUGGCCAACUAUCUAUUUUUCUUUAUGUAUCUCAUCAAUAAAGAUGAAACGGAGCACACGGGGCAGGAGUCAUACGUUUGGAAAAUGUACCAGGAACGCUGCUGGGAAUUCUUUCCUGCUGGUGACUGUUUCCGCAAACAAUAUGAGGACCAGCUCAAUUAAACACACACACUUUAGAGGACAGUUCUGUGUGAGACACAGUAAAUAUGAACGUUAUACCUGCACCUGAAGGGAGACUUGAUUUUGGUUCUUCAGUGCUUCUUCAUUUCAUUUAUUAAAGACUAAUUCGAGAGGAGGGGGAUGCAGGAAAUGAUGAAUGAGACGGACUAUCCCAGCACGGCACACCAGAUGAAAACAGCCUGUCUGUGGGACAGAAUUCUGGAAGUUUCUUGUGACGGGGGAUACAGUGCCUUACCGCAGGAAAGAGGAGCUAUGCAAGACACGACAAAGAUGAGUAUGAGAGAACGAGCAAGCGCUUGUACCCGUCAGGACUAACGCUGGUUUCAUAUUCUCCUCGACUUGUUCCUUAAGCCGUUUGUUUUCUAUUUAUUUUGGUAAUGCACCCAUGCAAACGCAGAGUCACUCUUUACAUACGACUUCUCUAAAAAAAAGUUUCAUUGCAUGUUUAUUAUGCAAGUUUAAGAAAAACAUUUGAAGACGCAAGCUGAUCUAUAUCGCCGCAGUUUUAGAGGUUUGAGAAUAUUUAAGGUAUCUCUGUACUAUCCAAGUAUAUCAUCAGCUUUCCCGCCAUUUUCCAAGAAUGCACUCUGAAUCGAGCGGUUCACCCGCGCUGUCACGCGUCCAGAGCUGCGGUUGCCGGAGAACAUUGCAUUCGUCCUAGAUUUUGUUUUAUGCAGAAGCAAUACCCAUUCAGGGAGUCCACCCUACACCUACGGCAACGGGGGAGCGACGUCGGUGUUCAUAAGGAGUUCAACUGCUACACAAGCGCAUCACGCACAGACUGCGGACGGGUUACGAGUCCUGCCGAAUCAUUGGUGUGAUGACAGACAUUUGCCAUCGAUCAUGAAAUCACUGCACUUUCUUUCAUAGCCAUGACAAAGAAAUGAUGCUUUUCUUAUUUGUUAUACGAAACAAUGUGAAAUCAUUGCAAUAACAACAAAUGGGCUAAAAAAAACACACAAAAAAACAGCUGCAACUACGUGAGAAAUUUUACUUGUGUAAAGAAUUUUGAUAACAAAAAAAAAAACCUCAUAGGAAAUCUGUCAGAAUUUAGUGUACCGUGUAGAGUCGUGAGCAUAUAACUGUGUGUGAUCUGUAAAGGGAAGUCAAAGACCUGCAUGAUUUUGAAAAAUAAAGUGAUUAUUUAUUGA